AUGACCCAGCUAGGAGUGGCGCUGAUUGAUGAAAUUGAAGCCCUUUCAUCCAUAUAUGGUGAAGACUGGUGUGUUGUUGAUGAAGCUGAAAAGAUCUAUUGCAUUAAGAUUAAUGAUUGUCUGGAUCGGCCAAAAUGGACCCUCUGUCUGCAGGUGAUUUUGCCGCCAGGAUAUCCAACUGCAGAGCCACCUAUUUAUCAACUGAAUGCCCCUUGGCUUCGAGGACAAGAUUAUACGGAACUAGCAAAUAGCUUGGAAGAAAUAUAUGUGCAGAACCUUGGUGAAAGUAUACUUUAUUUAUGGGUGGAGAAGAUACGAGAAGUUCUGAUAGAAAAGGCACAGUCAUCAGAUCCAGAGCCAGAUAUUAAGAAAACCAGUGAAGAAGUUGAUGAAGAUGAUGGAGAUGAUUUUCUCCUAGACUAUCAACCCAUUCAGGAGGAUCCAAUUAAAAUGUUAAAUUACGUUACAUCUAAAAGUCAAGAAGUAGAUGAAGAACUGCCAUCCAUACAUCAUGGAAACCCAAUCACAGAUCGAAGGAGUACUUUCCAGGCACAUCUGGCUCCUGUGGUGACACCCAGACAAGUAAAAAGAGUUCUUGAAAAACUGUAUGAGAAUAAGAAAAUUGCAAGUGCUACCCACAACAUAUAUGCAUAUAGAAUAUACUGCGAAGAUAAGCAGACAUUCUUACAGGAUUGUGAAGAUGAUGGGGAGACAGCAGCAGGUGGACGUCUUCUUCAUCUUAUGCAGGAGCUUGGAGAGGGAAACUUACUACAACUGCUGACUUGUCAUUAUUUGUUACCCUCUGAUAAUAACAUGUGUGACACGGACCUGACAAUUUUGAACGUCCACAAUGUGUUAGUCGUGGUAUCCCGCUGGUAUGGAGGUAUUCUCUUAGGACCAGAUCGUUUUAAACAUAUAAACAAUUGUGCAAGAAAUGUACUUGUGGAAUACAACUACGUACAUUCAGUGGAAGAAUCAUCGAAACAAGCAGGAAAGAGCAAGAAGAUAAGGAAGGACAACAAGAAGAGAACAGAACACUAAUUUAUUUUUUAAAACUAUAAAAGAGUAUUUUGCACAUAUUUAUACAAGGAAGACAGGGACACUAUUGCCUUAUCCAAUACAUUUUGUAUUCAAAAGAGAAUUCAGUAAAGCUAUAGAUAAAUUUUCAUCUUGUUCUGUGAUUUCUCCUGCCGUUGUGAAGUAGAGCUUAAACACAAGUUUUCUGUAUUCUUACAUGUUUCAGCUCCUUGCUUGGAGGGCAUUGUAACAUCUGGAACCAAAUAUUUCCCCCUCCCACCCAAUGACAGUUGGCUAAUUUAAAAUGUGGAUUACUUAUCUUCUCCAUUCCUGGGUUCAAACUAAAACACCUGUCUUGUAAUUUAAUCCCCUAGAUGGUUGUAUUGAGGGUAAGACUGGAGUCAUUCAUAGACAAGGUCACUUAAAGUGUGUUAGAUAGGCCUGGUCCUGCCUAUGCAGCUCUUGGUCAUGCUAGAUAGGGCCUGCCUGGUGACCUAAGAAAGGCUGAAUGCGGGUGAUGAACUAAGAAAUGUAAAGAAACUACUUCAAAAUUCCUUGGAGGAUUGUGCUGUGAGUGCUGGGAAUCUAGGAGCCUGUUAAAAAGCUGAGAAUUAAGUGUUCUAUAAUUAAAGGAACCAGUGAUUUCAACAAAGACUAUGGGGAUUUUGAAAUCAGACUGUGCAGCUAGUAGUGAACAUGAGUAAACAUUCUCAAGUGACUUCCUUUGGUGUAGAGUGUGGCGGGGGAA